CGAACCCCUCCACCUCCACCUCCUCCUCCUCCUCCUCCUUUAUCCUCGUCUUCUCCCCUCUUUUAUCCGAGUGCUGGCGGCCCCCACAUUCUCACAGCGACUCAGAGCCGUGGAGCGUCACAUGCCACCAUGAGCGUCCUGCCGUGCAGUUUCGUCCUCCUCCUCCUCCUCUGCCUCCCCGUCCUCGGUGAGGCGAAGCGUCAGCCUGGUCAGGCCAAACCCGACAAACCUCGCCAGCCGCCGCCGUCGCCCCAACCGGCGAAGAGGCCCAGAAACCGCUCGGUGCCCGGCUCUGGAGAGCUGAGCACCAAGGAGGGCCAUCGCUGCAUCUGGCAGACGUCCGGAGAAGGCCUGGUGAGCCUGCUGGUGAACUGCAGCACUGAAACACUGGGAGACCCGGAGAGGUACUGGUGUCGGUACGCCGGUAAACCGGACCUCUGCCAGGCCUACGGGGUGAAGUCCAGCCAGUACUGGAAGCAGCUGGUGGGGAAGCUGAAGAAGAGGCAGAACGCCUGCGAAGGAGAGAAAGUCCUGAAGGCCAAAACCUGCAAGAAGGCUCCGAGCGAGGCCCACAUGAAGCUCGCCCAGCGCAGCGGAGAGGACGAGAGGAAGGGAGGCAAGGAGGGAGGGAAGAAGAAAGGAGCGCCGACCGGCAAGAGCUCAGACGGAGGGAAGGCAGAGAGGAGGAAGAAGAAGGAGGAGGAGGAGGAAGAGGAGAAGAAGAGGCUGGAGGAGAGGACUGGGUUUGACGAGGAUGGAGUGGUGAACGACAUGGACCCGGCGCAGAGCUACUGCAGCGAGGGCUGGAACUCCGUCUGCUCCUUCUUCGUCAAGUUUUUUGAGGGUUGAUGGGAAACGUGGAGCUGUUUGAUGGAGCGUGUUCACAAUCUGGACCCAACCCACGUUUAUACAAGCGCCAGGCAGCUUAUUUUAUAAAACCCAUGAGCGAGAAAAGAAGUUUAUCACAAUGUCAAAUAGAAGGUGAAACAUUUACAAAUGAGGCCCUGUGGCAUCUAAUUUGUGAGGUUAUAGCAGGGCGGAAAUUAAAAUCCUGGCGAUCUGAAUGAUAUAAAACCUUGAAAUCAAGCUGCAAUUCAUUAUUAACGUCGCUCACAGGCGUCAGACACGCCGACAAUCUGCUGAUGUGAACUCACAGCGGAGGAAAAUCAAGCAACAUGAUAUCUGGCUCCAGUUUGUCGUGAUGAAACAUAUUUAGCUGUGUGUCGUAUGAAGCUUGUUGUAGUUUGUGUUUUAGAAAGGUAAAAAGAGUUUAAACAAUCAGCCGGAGAUCAUCGCCGACGAUGUGACAGCCGUCGUAUUGAUAAUUAGCCGAUUAGACGUGUUGUUGAUUCUUAUUCUCGUGAUGUGAAACUAAUAUUUUCUAUAAACUCUGUGAAACUGUAAAAACAAUCUGUGUGAUUUGUGACGGUUAGACUUUUUUUUAUACAUAUUUGUAAAGAUGUUUUAACACUGUUUUCUGGAAUUCUGCAAUAAAAAAAACAAAAUGCUUGAAAUAAAGAGACGUUUCUGUGGUCGCACCACU